GGCUUGACAGAGGAGGAAGGAGGAGAGCUGUUGCCAAAGCCACGACUCACGAGUGUGGGAACGACAUGAGCAGACGACAACGGCAGGAGCCGACAAUGUUGAUGAUAUAACCAGGGAAUACACUCAUAGCCAUGAAGAACAUGUUAAUCAUCACCUGUGCUUUCCUCGUUGGUGCCCAAAUGGAAUCGUCAGUGCAUACAGUGAAAGGUCACAUUGGAGGGAAGGCUGUGAUUGAGUGUCCAUACCCACCAGGCUGCGAACACCGCCAGAAGUACGUCUGCCGUGGCGACUGUCCACCUGGCAACAAAGACAUCCCAGUGCAGACCGCAGUCAGCCAGGUCUGGGCUAAAACAGGCAGGUUCUCUCUCCACGAUAAUGCCACAGCCAGAGUCUUCACCGUCACCAUUACUGGGCUGACAGCUAAGGAUUCUGGGAAGUACUGGUGUGCCGUGCAGUUUCCCUGGUAUAAUAGUGAUCUCUACACAGAGCUCAGGAUUGACAUUGGACCAGCACCUGUGACAACUCUCAGUCCCGCAAUAAUCACAGGGGCCUCCACUGUACUAACAUUCUCACCUGGUAAAAACAUCUCGAGUGUAGCACCGUUGGUGAGAACGGGUACGACAACGAACACCAUUUCUGUUGUGUGUAGUGUUGCCGUGGUGAUUGUUGUCCUGCUAAGCAUGCUGGGAGUUUUGAUCUAUUUCAGAAAAGCAAAACACAAAAGAACAGAAACUACAGAUGCCGUAUUCUUGUAUACAAGUGGCUGCUCCAGUUCCAACAUCUACGUAGAGACAGGGGGUUCUGCAGUGGAAAUGGGCCACAGUGUUCCAACAGUCAUCCAACAGCAUCAGAAUCCCACCACCACCUCCUCCUCCAUCACCACCACCUCCUCACCCUCCUCCUCCUCCUCCACCGUCCCUUCUGCUCCACCUCAGGUCUAUGAGGUGCCUGAGUCACUGUACCAAAGAAUGGCUCCGCUUGCGUGUGGGAAGAUCCCUGUGCCCAGAGACAGCAGCCCGUCUGCCAGGACCGCGGAUGGUGCAGAAUACAUGUCAAUGCAGGACUGUGCCAGGGCCGCGGAUGGGGCAGAGUACACUUAGUCAUUUA